ACCACUGUUGAGGUCACCAAGUCAUGACCAAAGACUUCAUUAUUCAGCCUUUGCUUUUGCAUAUAUAUGUAAUUUUACUUCAUAAUGUUAGGAAACUAAUUUUUUUCAAAAAGCAAGAUGCCUCUUAUUUCAAUCUGAUACUGUGGAUAUGUGAAAACAAGAAGUAUAUGUAGAUAUACUUCAACAAUCAAAAUCUGGUCUUAGUCUUUCUUUACCAACUUUACUUUUGUAAGGACAUGAAUGAUUGUUCAUCACCACCUUUAUCUUUUUUUUCCCCUCCCAGAUGCAGAUUACCUUCCUCCAUCUGAAAAAAAAAAGCAACACCUUCUACCAAUUUCCAUGGAAAAGCUUCAGCCUUGGCAGACUCUCUUCAAUCUAUUUACUAUCCUAACCAUUCAAUUCUGUUGUCUUAGUCUUCCCUCUUCAGGUUACACUCCUCCUGAUAAGUACUUCAUUAAUUGUGGAUCAGAGUCUCCGGUCAGUCCUGAAAAUGGUCGAUCUUUUGUCGGCGACCUCUCUUACUGUAAAGUUGAUUCAAGCAAAGUUGUCAAGGACAGCAGCCAAUCAGAAAAUACUUCACUGUAUCAAACUGCAAGAGUUUUCGACAAAUCAUCCUUAUGUCACUUUGACAUCGAUGAGCGAGGCACAUACAUAGUAAGACUGCAUUUCUUUGCUUUUUCAUCAGGAGAUGCUAAUCUUUCCAGUGCUCUAUUCAAUGUCCACGCUUCUGGGUUUAUUCUACUGUCAAAUUUUAGUGUCUCUCUAAGUAAUUCUCCCAUAAUUAAGGAAUUCUUGCUUACAAUCGACAGUGGAAAUUUUGUUAUUGACUUCAUACCUUCCCGUAAAUCUUCUUUGGCCUUCAUAAAUGCUAUAGAAGUCUUUCUUGCCCCAGAAAGCUUCAUUCCGGAUGAUGCAACUCAAAUCACUGCUGCAGAAAGCAAAGGCAAUUUCAGUGGAUUGCUCUCUCAGGGCUUGCAUACUAUACACAGGAUCAAUGUUGGAGGUUCGAAGCUCACAGCAGAUAACGAUAGUCUGUGGAGAAAUUGGAUACCAGACGACAAUUUCUUGACUUACCCUGAAACUGCAAAGAACAGCUCAUUCUUUCAAGGCCCACUGGUUGUUGGUUUGCAGAAUACUGAGUUUAUUGCUUCUUCUUUUGUAUACAAGACUGCUAAAGAAUUGAAGCAGACAAAUUUUUCUAAUAUAACUUGGGGUUUCAAUGUCAGAAAGAAUUCUCAGCACCUUGUUCGGGUACACUUUUGUGAUAUUAUUAGCACACAACUUGGUGCUGUCCAGUUCACUUUUCAUAUUUAUAGCAACUUCAGUAAGAACAUCAAUUCUUAUUAUAUAACUGGAUUAAAUGCAUCUCCAUUUUACUUUGAUUUUGUUGUCAAGUCUGAUAAUUCAGGAUUUAUAAAUGUAAGUGUGCAUCAACGCAAUGAUUCUGAAUUACGAAACGCAUUUUUGAAUGGCCUGGAGAUUAUGGAAAUGCUGGAAAAAUCAGAUAAACCCAGGAAGAAAACUCAGCCUAUUGUGGUUGGUUCAAUUGUUGCUGUGAUAUUUGUUGUGGUCUUAAUAGUCAGUUUCCUAUUUAUGCUGAAAUUCAAAAGAGAAAAAUCUUAUAAGACUUCAGGCAGGCCAUUUUCUAUGCCUAUUUACGGUGGAAGUUCUCAGAAUUGGUUAGCUGAAAGAACUGCUAAAAUGCACAUUGCUUCUGACUUGAAACUGGCAUUGAAGAUACCAUACGUUGAAAUACAGCGUGCAACGAAGAACUUCAGUUCAAAAUUGUUGAUAGGUGAGGGUGGAUUUGGGAAAGUUUACAAAGGAACACUUCGUGAUGGUGUGAAAGUUGCAGUAAAAAGAAGUGAACCAGGUCAUGGGCAAGGUGUUUUGGAGUUCCAAACUGAGAUCAUGGUCUUGUCCCAGAUUCGCCACCGUCACCUUGUUUCUUUGAUCGGAUACUGUGAUGAGUGGUCUGAGAUGAUAUUGGUUUACGAGUUUAUGGAAAAGGGUACUCUGAGAGAUCAUCUUUACACUUCAGAUACAGAUUCUGAAAAGUCUACUUCACGAUCUGAACUCUCCUGGGAGCAAAGACUCAAAAUUUGCAUUGGUUCUGCAAAGGGACUCCAUUAUCUGCAUACUGGCUUGGCAAGCAGAAUCAUUCACCGUGAUGUUAAGUCCACAAACAUUCUGCUUAAUGAAGACUAUACAGCCAAAGUUGCUGAUUUUGGUCUGUCUAAGUCAGGUCCUGUGGAUCCUGACGAGAACACAGGCGUAAAAGGCAGCUUUGGUUACCUGGAUCCUGAAUAUUUCAUGACUCAGCAAUUGACAGAAAAAUCUGAUGUAUACUCUUUCGGAGUCGUACUUCUUGAGGUUCUCUGUGCCAGACCAGCUAUUUUGACCACUGAUCGGCGCGAGGAGGUGAACUUAGCAGAAUGGGGGAUGCUUUGGCAAAAGAAAGGCGAGCUUGAGAAAAUCAUUGAUCCUGCUCUGGUGGGUGCCAUUAACUCUAGUUCAUUGCGAAUAUUUGGUGAAACAGCUGAGAAAUGUUUGAGGCCUAAUAGCCCAGAGAGACCUAUGAUGCAUGAUGUGUUGUGGGACCUAGAAUUUGCAUUGAAGCUUCAAGAAACUUCAAUGCAUGGAGACAUAGAUGAUGAGAGCAUGAAUAGUACUUCUCUGGAAUUAGCAUUUCAUGCUGUACACCACCUUCCAUCUCAUAGAGCACCAGCUGAAGAAGGGGAUUCAUUUCCAGGAGGUGAUGACAGUAGAAUUGCAAUGGCUAGUGGUGUGUUCUCUCAACUGAAAAUUAAUGCUGGCAGAUAAUCUCGACAGGGGUUUUGUUUCUCAAUUCUUCCUUUCUCCUGUCUUUGAGCAGAGGAGAGUUUGUUUAGUUUUUGGUGGGUUUUGCUCCUUUCACCGUCUGGUUGUCCUCAUUGGUUAUGCAGGUGGUGUUUGUUUUAUAUUUUCUUUUCUAUGUUUGAAGUUCAGAGUUUCUGUGAUGAGGGCUUUCUUCUUGAACCUGAAUUUGUUUGAGGGCUCCAUGUGUUCUGUUGGAGAGGGUAUGGUUUUGUUGACGUUGGUAUCUCGGAAUUGACGCUGCUACGUCCGGCGAUUUCCACUCCUGCACGCCAUGUUCAACUGAACUUUGCAACAUUCUUUCUUUUGUGCUGAUGCAUAAAUGAUGGUUCUUACUUUCAAAAGCUCUAUUUUAUAUUGCAUGUUAUUUUCUCCUUUCUGCUUUUUUGUAAACUCCAUUGUCAGUAGUUUCGUCUUUGUGCUGAUUGUUUGCGGUGACGCUUCCAUAGAUCUCUGGAUCUGGUAAAGUUUUCGAUGUUAUUCGUUUAAUAUUUUAUUUUUGUUUUUGUGCCGGCAUUUAUUACGACGGUGUCUUGAUAAAUCUAUGAAUCUAGCGACAGUUCUAGUGGUAUUGUCGGUGCGGUAUAGUUGGUAAUUUUUAUUUAUGUGGUUUUCUUUUGUUCUUUGUA